GUGGCGGUAGUAACUAGUAAUUUCGAAAACUUGCCGGCCACGUCGUGUUGUGCUCUGCAUUUACACAUUUCCUGUGUCUUUUUGUCCCUCCGGCGCCAUGGUUUCCUUCACCUGAGCUGUGAAUCAGCACACUGCCGACCACGCCUCCAUCCCCUUCAACCCCAAGGAACGAGGUAGUAGUAAUACUGCUGUAAAAACUCUCGCGGAAAUAUAAUCAGAACAGGAACCGGUUUUUCUUGGCUCAAAGUGGAUUCUGGUUUCCUUUCAAUGGCAACAAGAAUGCAGAUUGUUGCAGAUGAAAUCAGUAGAUUGCCAGACAAUAUUAGAGAGCAGAUCCUGAUGUAUUUACCAUUACGGGAAGCAGCCAAGGCCAGCAUCCUGUCAUCUAGCUGGAGGAACAUGUGGACCCGACUCCCAAAGCUCGUCUUUAACAAAAGCUUUUGUCAAACUAAUGUAGAAGCCAAAGGACAAGACCAGAUUGCAGAGAUGAGCAAGCUAAUGUUAAAACUCUGCACAGUUCUGUUGCUUCACCGUGGACCCUUGCAGGAGCUGUCACUCUCACUGCCUAUACUAAGGAGCUUCCCUGAUCGGAUCGAUCAGGUCCUGAUGUUUCUUCAAGAAAAAUGCAGCAUUAACAGUUUAACAAUCACGGUUGGAAGUCAGUACCUGAAGCGUGGACUUCCUACCAUGAAUAAUUAUGAAGUCUACAAGCUGCCAAGUCGUCUGUUCUCGUUUUCACAACUCAAGAUUCUCCAUUUGUCUUGCUGCCAGCUCACAUCCUCCCGUUUUUCAUUCGAAUGUUUCAAUGUGCUUACCGUUCUUAAGCUUAGAAAUGUGAUAUUCAAGCACUCUUAUAGCACUUGGAGCAUCAGAUGCCCACUGCUCUCGGCUUUGACAUUGGUUGACUGUGGCCGUUUAUCCGAGGAGCCUCACAUUGUGAUAGAAGCUCCACAACUUGGUCGUUUCCACUUUGAAGGGAAGUUCAGCUCUCUCCAAUUGAACAAUACUCCAUUUCUCAAAACCGCCUACCUCCAUAAGUGGAAUCCUUCCCCUGUGGACUUGAAAGUCGACCCCUCAAAAUUACUGCAACUAUGGGGUGGCCUUGCUGCAGUGGAGUUGCUUUCUGUGUCCGGUUAUCUCUACCAGUACCUGAGACUGAGAAGAGGCAAUAAUCAAGCCAUUGAUCCAUGCCCUCUGCGUAUGAUGCAGAAGAUUUCAGACACCUCAUCAGCGGUAAUGAGAAGAGAUUAUGGCGGUGCUCUAGAUGUUGGUAAACUCCGAACCAUGUUGCAGGAUGGCAAUGGCCCGUUGAACUGUGAACUGGGCGGACUUAAGAGCGUGGAAGUGAGGAGGCUGAAUGGCACAAGCCACGAAACAGCUUUCGUUGGAUGGCUGGUGAACUCCUCUCCAUCACUUGACUCGAUGGAAAUUCAGCUGGCCUUGGAAUGGUCUGCUCAACGCAAAUGCACCCAGAAAAGAUGCUUUGAGGAGGAGGGUCAAUAUGCCAAGGUUGUUUCAUGUAAGGUUUUCGAGGAGCCUGAUUUUGUGAUCGAAGCGACGAAACUCGGUCGCUUUGAGCUUGAUGGGAAGUUCAGUUCUCUCCAUCUGAAGGAUACUCCAGUUCUUAGAACUGCUAUCCUCCGUAAGCAAUUCUUUUCCGAUGGAGAUGAGAAGGAGGAGGAGGAUCCGUCGAAGCUGUGGGACGGCCUUGCGGCGGUGGAGUCGCUCUAUGCGUCCGGCGAUCUUUAUCGGUACUUGGCGGGAGGUAACAAAGAGACCAUUAGUCUUGGCCGGCAGCUGGAGAUGCUAACUCAGUUGACACUGGACGGAGUUUGCCUCAGCAGACGCAGCGACGUCUGGUCUGCUCUUUGCUUGAUCACGAAAUCACCGAACCUUCGUCGUCUUUCAAUCUCGAUGGAGCUCAACCGGAGGCUGAUUCACGAUAGCAUAAAGUCGGCACAACUAGGGAGACUACUUAACGGCGAACCAAAGGAGUCCAGUGACAGUGUGUUCAAAAACGUCCCGGCCGUCGGUCAGUUACACUUACACAAUUUUCUCUAUCUUUUGCCCGCCGACCGCCAUGGUUCGCCUGAGGAGAGAGCAAGCGUCGAUCGGAUAAGCAGACUUCCGACGAAGCCUCGCCACCCCCCGUCAGGUCACGGAGAGAAUUUUCUGAAGAAUCGUCUUUCUUUCGCCGCCAUUUCUCCUUUUGUCAUCUCCACCAAGAAGUUUGAAUUAGCUCCGAGAUCCGCUUUCAAGAGGUUUCACCUCGCUACAGUCAAGGCGAGUCUCCUAUCAACUAAAUGGAGGAACAUGUGGGCCAAUAUUCCAUGUCUGGUCUUUGAUCGAAGCUUUUGUCCAAUGGUAAGAGUUUGCCAACAUCAAGAUGCAGCGAUCGGCAAACUAAUGCUGAAUCUCUGCACAGUUCUGUUCCUCCACCGUGGGCCACUGCGGGAGUUUUCACUCUCGCUUCCUCUGCUGAGGAGCUUUCCUGAUCACAUAGAAAGGAUCUUGGUGUUUCUUCAAGAAAAACAAAUCGAUUGUUUAACCAUCACGUUGGAAAUUCAGUACAGGUUUCCUUGCUUCCCAUCCUAUAAGAUUGAGUGCUACCAGCUUCCAAGGCGUGUGUUCUCAUCAUUUUCACGACUGAAAACUUUGCGCUUGUGCUGCUGCGAAAUCAAAACCUCCCCUGUUUCAUUUGAUGGUUUCAGGAUGCUUACUGUCCUUGAGCUUAGAAAUGUGAUCUUCAGUGAUGGGUACUCUUCUACUCCUUGGAGCUUUAGAUGCCCGCUACUUUCAGCUUUGACCUUGGAUGAUUGUGGUGGUCUUUUCGAAGAGCCCGACAUUGUGAUAGAAGCUCCCAAACUCAGCAAUUUCCGCUUUUUUGGGAAGUUCAGCUCUCUUCAUCUGAAGCAUACUCCACUUCUCAAAACCGCUGUCCUCAACAAACAAUUUCCUCCCACUGAGCACAAGAAAGACGGGCCCUCAAAGGUGUUGCAAAUAUGGGGUGGCCUUGCUGCUGUGGAGUCGCUUUCUGUGUCUGGUCAUUUCUACCAGAUGAAGAAGAAUCUGAAGCAGAUGUCUGAUACCUCAACUUCAGCCGCGAUGGGAACAGUGCCUAGCGGUGAACUAGAUGAUGGUCGAUUCCGGGGCAUGAUCGUUCGUGCGUUCGGAUAUCGAAUGGCUCAACUCAAGAGGGUGGAAGUGAAGAGGGUGAAUGGUGCAAAACCUGAGAUGACCUACAUUAGAUGGUUGCUCAACUCUUCGCCGGCACUUGCUAAGAUGGAAAUCCAGUUGUCACCGGAACUAUCAGCUGCUGAGAAGAUGUUGAUUCUGACAGCGUUGAAUGGCUUCGAGAGGAUUUCAGCCAAAGCAAGAAUCACAAUUACCUGAAACAGAUGUGUGCACUAUAUAAUCCUCUCUGUAUUUUUUUUUUUUUUGGGUUCAAUAAUACUAAUCCCUUGUGCGUCUCUAUAGGACAGUCUCGAUUUUGGGGUUCAUUAUAUACAUUGGUCUAAAAUUAGACUCUAAUCAUCAAAUUGUAAAGUUACUUACCGGAGGUGGUGGUCGUACGAGUAGACAGUUUGAUGAGUAAUAGGUAUGGACCAGGA